GAUAAUAAUCAAAACUAGUACUAAAUAGCAGCACCACUUGUAUUUUGCAAGUAGAGAGAUUAGAGAGCAGAGAUACAGAGAAAGAGAUGAGCAGCAGAGACAGAAGAUGGUCUCUUGACGGAAUGACGGCUCUUGUCACUGGUGGAACCAAAGGAAUUGGGUAUGCAAUAGUGGAAGAAUUGGCAGGGCUAGGUGCAAUUGUGCAUACUUGUUCGCGAAAUGAAGUUGACCUUAAUGACUGCCUGAGUCAAUGGGACGAGAAGGGUUUUCAAGUCACUGGCUCAGUCUGCGAUGUGGUGUCAAAGACCCAAAGAGAGGAGCUUAUAAACAAGGUCUCAUCACUCUUUGAUGGCAAACUUAACAUCCUUAUAAACAAUGUGGGGGCUAACAAACCAAAAGCAACACUAGAUUACACAGCUGAAGAUUACUCAUUCAUGAUGGGCAUCAAUCUUGAAUCUGCUUACCAUUUGUGCCAACUUUCACAUCCUCUUCUCAAAGCUUCUGGAUCUGCUAACAUCGUUUUUUUAUCCUCCGUUGCUGGUGUGGUCUCACUAGAGGUUGGAUCUAUAUAUUCUGCAACUAAAGCUGCAAUAAAUCAAUUAGCAAAAAACUUGGCAUGUGAGUGGGCAAAAGAUAAAAUAAGGACCAACAGUGUUGCACCUUGGUUCAUCACCACUCCCCUCGGUGAAAUGUUUCUCGGAAAUAAAAAGAAAUCGGGGGUGAUAAACUCUCGGUGUCCUUUAGGACGUCCAGGAGAGCCAGAAGAAGUGUCUUCCUUGGUAGCAUUUCUAUGCCUACCUGCAGCCUCUUACAUUACUGGACAAACUAUUACCAUCGAUGGUGGGGUGACUGUCAAUGGCUUGCUCUUCCAAGAAACAUGACAUGGAAAUCGUUCGAUAUGUCUGCAUAUGUAGUAGUAGACAGUGCUUGAGGUCAGGAAAAACAAAAUCUCCUAUCUAAUUCCAAAGUGGUGAGCUUUAGUUUUAUGUGUAAUUAGGUGACAUUAAUGUUCUAAUUAAAUAAGUGAAUGAAAGACUGCCUUGAUUUAA